AUGGAUCCAUUACCAGUGGCAAACGACCCGACGCCAUUGUCGACGGCGAUAUUUGGUGCUUCCAUAGCGGGAGUUGUCCAAACGGUGAGUACAUAUCCCUUGGAAUAUUUUAAAACCAUCAAACAAAUUGAGAACAAAUCGGUCUUAAUACGUGAGGGUAUUGUUCCACAUGACUCCAUCCGUCCGUUGUUUAAAGGGUGUCUGCCCUUGAGUAUUGGAAUGGCAACUAAGGGAGCCACGAGGAUGUUUCUAUUUAAUUCGUUCAACCGGUUCAUGUCUGAAAACAAGGGUGUCAAUAGUGCACCGCAGGUUGUUGUUGCUGCACUAAUGACGGGUAUGAUUGAAAGUAUUGUGUCGAUACCGUUUGAGAACAUCAAGGUGCGUAUGAUUGAGAACAGCAUGGUUGCCAAUGGAUAUAAAACCAUCCUGGAUGAGGAGGAGAAGGUCAUGAAGACAGAGGGUACGGACAAAGGUGUCAAGGGCCCCCAGACUGUCAAGGGCGUCAGGUUGCAGGCACGGCCAAAAGUGGAGGCAGAGCUACAUCCUAGGAUCAAGGCGGCAAUGUACUACCACCAGCAUCCAAGUUAUAAUUUCAAAGGCAUCAUCAAGGAGAUGUAUGAGACUGGUGGACUGUUGGCCUUCACGCAAGGUUCAAGCAUGACCAUUGCAAGGCAGUGCAUGAACAGCAUGGUAUGGUACAGCACGUAUUCAUCGUUGCAGCAGUUGAUCGAUCCUAACAGGGACUCUAUUACGGAGUUGGAAUUACUGGGGAUGGGAUUUGUGUCGUCAUUGGCAUUGGUGGGGGUCACGCAGCCGAUGGACGUAUUAAAGACCAGAAUGCAAACCAAGGAUUAUAGAGUACUGUAUAAAGACAUGAUGACAUGUGUUGCGUUGAUAUUCUUCAAAGAAGGUCCUGCAAAGCUAUGGGCAGGUGGUAUACCGAGGUUCAUCAAGGUGAGCUGUUCUUCGACUGUGACGCUCAUGACGUACCAGUGGGUAACCAAGAUGGUGAACAAGUUGUCUGAGAGCAAGCCAUUCUCUGCAUGA